GCAUACAAAAGAUAAUGAAUAAGCUUUUUAAAAAGGCACAAAAAAAGAAAAAAAAUAUGAAGAAGAAAAAGAUAGAUGCUAAUAUUGAACAACUUGAAAUGGAUUUAUUAGUACAGAAAUUUAUAACAGAAAAUGGGAACGCAAGCAAAUUAUUAAAAUUACACGAAGAGUCUGUCAAUAAUUACAUUUCUCCUAUGCACACUGAUGUAUGUGGACAGUUAGGAAGUCUAAUUUUAAGUUAUAUGUUCGAAAAGGCAUAUAAAUCAUCGAUAAAUCACGACAUUUCAUUUUUUCAAAAAUAUUUACCUCGUCUGAAAUACAGAAUUCAAAAUAUGAUACAAAAGGGUACCCUAUUAUUAUUAGAAAAGGGCCUUGAUGAUUCUUUAUAUACGUUUAAAACAAAAAUUUCAGAUAUCAUGGAAAAAAAAUUUGGAUUUAAUGACAUGUGUACUGAUAAAUGUAUGGAUGAGACUAUAAAAGCAAACUAUGAUUUAUCUGAGUAUAAAAAAGAAUUCAGUCCCAAAGAAACUGCACAAAGGAGAGCAGAUUUGGUCAAGUUAUUAAUGUAUUACUACAGAGAUAAAAUAUAUAAUAUAGAAACAAGUGCUGAUGUCGUUUUAAUCAUGUUACUAUAUUUAAAUUCGGCAAAUGAACUAUCAGCAAAGGGUUAUCUUGAUGUUAGUUCUAUAUCUACAAAUGACGAAUUUAAUUUAAUAAAUAAAACAAUUGACAGAAGUCAUAAGUUUAAUAAAAAAAUUAAAAUAAAGAAGAAAACCUUCUUUAAAAUAGCCCCAUUUAAUUUUUUCCGAGAAGAAGCACAAGAAGAAACAGGAAAUGAAUCCAUUUUUGCUAUUGAUGAUAUUAUAAAAACUUCAUUAUUAGCUAAAAAAUCUCAGAAUUAUAAUUCCUUAUAUGAAACAACAAAAGAUUUAUGGAAUCAAAUUCAAAAUAUGUAUUCUGCAUCAUAUGGUUUUGUAGAAUCCAAAAAAAUCAAAACCAAAACUUUUGUUGGAUCCAGAAUUAGAAAUGUAGGAUUUUUACUUAGAUGGUUUAAUUAUAAUAAGGCCCCAUCUAAAAAUAUUAAUUUCUUAGUUAAUAAUUUUUCUCCAUUAGUUUCAAUAAGUUUGCAAUUGGUAUUUUUCAUAACAACCAUGAUAGAACAAUACGAAUCAAGCUUCUUAGGAAAUUUCUCGGCAGUUCUUAAGAAAAUAUUUACACUAGGAAGAAGUGGAAAACAUCCAAGAAAUUAUAACGACUUAGUAAAUUUUUCAGAGGUAGAUUAUUUACAAAGAACAUCUAAAGCAAAUAAUGUUCAAAGAAUUAUUAUGCAAAUUAUUAGAAUGUUGAAAAAGAAAUUCUUAUCUUCUCCAUAUACACCUACAUUAUUAGCUCAGUAUAUGUCUAUCUUCCUUUCUUUAUGGCUAUUUGAAGGAGAAAAGUAUAUUUCCCUACAAAAUCCAAAUAUAUCCAGAUUUAAAAAAAUAUUCUUCCUUACAUACUUUGUUCAUGAGAAGGGACCUGUUGAAAAGGCUGUAGAUAUUAUAUACAAUAAAUGUAGAAUGAAAACAGACAAAAUCGUUCUUGGAUGUAUACAUGAUUAUGGAGGUAAAGAAAAGAAAAAAAUUCUCGGACUGAUAAGUAGAAAAUGUAAACCUACAAAAAUUAGUAUUAGAAAAAGAAGUAUUCGAAAAGUUUUAAACAAACUCAUGAGCUCAUUAAAUGAUCCAGUUGACAUAUUAAGAAUUGCUGUUGAUACUGCUACAAGAUGUGAUCAUUUUAAUCGUAGUAAAAAUAUUGAUAAUGUAAAAACCAAAAAAAAUAAAAUUAAUUAUGAAAUAUUUGUAAAGUCCGAGUUAUCCAUUAGAUAUAUCUGUGCCGAUGUUACAAAAAAUAUCGUUAAAAAAAUUAUCAGAGAUGUAUCUAGACUUAAAAAUAUGAGUGAAGCACAAAAUGUCAUAGACAGCGGAUUAAAUAGAGUUCAGUACUUAAAAAUAAGAAAUUACAGAGAUAAAGAAAGUAGUUUCACAAUUUUAUGUCCAUUUAUGGAAGGAAACGACAAAAAUAUAAGAGACCUGGAGAGAAGACAAAUAUCCCUAUUUGUUCACAAAAACAUUGGAAUGUCUAAAAUAAUUAAAGGAAAAUUCAUCAAUAUAUUUAAAAAAACAAUUAAUAUGAGGGAAGGUAUUAAAUCAGAUAGUGCCAUAUCUAUAAAAGUUGGAGCGCGUAAAUAUAAUGGUCUCAUAUUCACAGGAGGAUAUCAAUUAAACGUUGAUAAUUUGGAUCAAAAUACACUUCAUAUUGGAUUAUCAAAAUCAAGAAAAGUAUAUGAUGGUAGAAAAUAUGUAGACGAACUAGAAAUAUUAAAAGGAGAUGGUGUUAAAAAUAUAUAUAUGAAGGGAAUAAAUGAAGAUAAUGAAAGAAUUUAUGAACUUCAAAAUAAUAUGAAGGUAUCUGAAUUUGACUAUGCCAUACAAAAUCCUGAUGCUAACAUAAUUGUUUUUGAUGGAAAUAAUUAUAUAUCAUCUUACGCUCUUCGUAAUAUGGGACUUGAACAUGAGAGAAUUGUUUGGGCUGGUCCAAGUGUAGGAUGGACAGCAGAAUUUGCCUUAAGUGCCAUCUCUGAUAAUCCACUACCAAUAUUUGAUGGAUCUGCUUGGGUGUUACUUGAGAAAUUAAGCAUCAGAAGUAUUUUAGGUAAACAUUUACCAAGUAAUGUAAAUGGAAAUUCAUUGGCAAAUACAGUCAAUUUUAUUAUUUUAAAUAAACAUGGAAAACCAAUAUUGAAAAACACAACACCUGUUAUUAACUUAAAAUAUGCUACCUUCACAUUAUCUGGUAUUGUAAAUUUUGUCAUUAAAGCAGAAAAGGGAAUAGGAAAUGAAAUUAUUGUACACACUAGAAUACCUUAA